CAUCUGUCCUGUCACUCCCAGCCCCUCCCCUCCCACGGGAUCCACAAGGCCGCCCCGCCCCUCUCGGGCAGAUCGGAGCUUGCCUUGGGAGGGGAGGUUUUCCUGCCUCGACGCCCUGAGGACUCUGCUGAGACCAUGUCUAGCAAUGGGACAGAUGCCCCGGCUGAAGCCCAGGCUGCUGUGGAAGAACCUGUCCCACAGCCCAGCGUGGUGGACCGCGUGACCAGCCUGCCCCUCAUCAGCUCCACGUGUGGGAUGGUGAGUGCCGCGUACACCUCCACCAAGGAGAGCUACCCCCAAGUGAGGACCCUGUGCGACGUGGCUGAGAAAGGCGUCAAGACCCUCACUGCGGCCGCAGUCAGCGGGGCACAGCCCAUCUUGUCCAAGCUGGAGCCCCAGAUUGCUUCGGCCAGUGAGUAUGCGCACCGAGGGCUAGACAGAUUGCAGGACAGUCUGCCCAUCCUCCAGCAGCCGACUGAGAAGGUUCUGGCAGACACUAAGGAACUGGUGUCGUCUACAGUAUCUGGGGCCAGAGAAAUGGUAUCUAACUCAGUGACCAGUGCAAAGGACACAGUGGCCACCCGGGUGACCGGAGCAGUGGAUGUGACCCGGGGGGCUGUGCAGAGCAGCAUGGACAUGACCAAGUCGGCGGUGACCAGCGGUGUCCAGUCGGUCAUGGGCUCCCGAGUGGGACAGAUGGUGAUUAGUGGAGUGGACACGAUGCUGGUAAAGUCUGAGGCCUGGGUGGACAACCGCCUGCCCCUGACAGAUGCAGAGCUGGCCCUGAUCGCCACUUCCCCAGAGGGCUCGGACAUGGCCUCGCUGCAGCAACAGAGGCAGGAGCAGAACUACUUCGUCCGGCUGGGCUCGCUGUCGGAGAGGCUGCGCAACCACGCCUAUGAGCACUCACUGGGCAAGCUGCGCCAUGCCAGGCAGAGUGCGCACGAGGCGCUGCAGCAGCUCACGCAUGCACUCAGCCUGAUGGAAUCAGUGAAACAAGGCGUGGACAAGAGGCUGGGGGAGGGACAGGAGAAGCUGCACCAGAUGUGGCUCAGCUGGAACCGGAAGACCCCCCAGGAUGCAGAAAAGGACCCAGCUAAGCCAGAGCAAGUGGAGGCCCAGGCGCUCGGCAUGUUCAGGGACAUCACCCAGCAGCUGCAGAGCACCUGUGCAGCCCUGGGGGCCAGCAUCCAGGGCCUGCCCGGCCAUAUCAGGGAGCAGGCCCAGCAGGCCCGAAGCCAGGUGGAUGACCUUCAGGCGACCUUCUCCGGCAUCCAGUCCUUCCAGGACCUCACCACCAGCGUUCUUGCCCAGACCCGUGAGCGCAUAGCCAGAGCCCGAGAGGCCCUUGACCACACUGUGGAGUACGUCGCUCAGAACACACCUGUCACGUGGCUGGUGGGCCCCUUCGCUCCUGGAAUCACUGAGAAAGCCCCAGAAGAGAAGUAGUGGGAAGAGGGAGGGGUCAGGGGCAGCAUGCUGACUGAGUCAGCUCUUUGAACAGUCCUGUUGCACACCCUAAGUCUGAAGAAGUGUUUACCCUUUUUCCUUAAAAAAAAAAAAAAAAAAAGCGUAACCAGUAAUGAUGGCACAUGCCUGUCAUCCUGUGCCAACACUGUGGCAGUUGAGGCAGGAGGGUCAAGAAUUAAAAGCCAGACUGCUGCAUAACAAAUUCAGUGAUAGCCUAAGCUCCUGUCGUGACGUACAUCACGCCAUGGUGAUAUUCCAUUCCGGUGCCAGUGCCGGUGCCUUUACUACGCCAUGGCCCACAAUAAUAAACGCUUUCCUAACAGACGCUGAUACCUGGUCCAGAAAGCUGGCCUCCAUGACAGGGUGGACCGCAGGGAUGUGAAAAUCGUUUCAGAUGAGAAUGGCUGAGGGCUGAGUGUUCAAUAUUGCUUCAAUAAAUUUAUGUGGCAUCAGAGGCCAGGCA